CAAAGUAACGGCAAGUAACGCCGUUAGUUCACGCCGUUCGUCGACCAGUUACCGCACAUAUAAAAGGGAAGGCAUGUCGACGGAGGCGGCCGCUCGUCUUCCAAAAAAAAAGAAAAAAAAAAAUGGCGCGCUUCUCUCGCCUCUGCGAUCUCAUCACAAGCUCCCUCCUCCCCUUCAUCGAGUCAGAGCCCUCUCCACUCAACAAGGAAUCUGAGAAGCAGCUCCUUCUAUCUCUUUCGCGAGUCUCCAAAGAAAUCCGGCAAUGGUGGAAUGAUCUCGACCCGAAAUUAGAUCAGGAAAGUUUGGCGAAUGCUAUUGUUGUUCACAGUUGUCCGGUGUUCUUGGAGCAACCUUUCGAUGGUGACUGCAAAUGCUUGACUAAUAUUGUUUCCAUUAUGGUUGCUUUCCUUGGUUUUGACAAUGGAUAUGUUCAACAUUUGGCUGGAAAUACUCUUUUUGCCAUCUCAAAUACCCUAAUUAGUUUCGGAAGCAUUUGGAUUAUGUUUGUUCAAUUUAUAUGGAUCACCCUAGAGACAGCAAUAUCAAAUAUUUGUCGUAACUCAUCAUCGUGUACAGCAACUGAUAAGUUAUAUGAAAUUGAGAAUUUGAGUACCGACUCGAGAAGCUUCAUUGCACUUUUGCAGUUAAGAAGAGCAAACUUGAGCUGGCAAAUGGUUGCUGGACUCUUGCGACUUCUUCGUAACAUUCUGAAGUUUCUUAAACUUGAUAACAAUGAGCUUUUAGAAAAGUACAUAGACCUUGCAACACCUUUCGUUCAAAAUAUGCCAUGGGAUUGUUUAAGCAAGAUUAAUGUUGGUGAGAAAAAUAAUGGCUUGUCAGGGUUGGAAGCUAUCCUUCCUGGGACUCUACUUCAGCUGUUCUGCUCCCUAGUUGGGCAAAAUGAUUUAGAAGGUGUGGAAAAUGAUUUACUGGAAAGGCAAGAUUUGUUUUGCAAACUAUGCGAUCUUGUUCCCAAGCUUUUGUCUUACUUCUGCAAUCAGCUGGAAGCUGAUAACAAACUCAUUUCUCAAUAUCUCAGACAUAAAAUGCUGAUGCUUAUGAUUAGGCUUAGCUUCCUCAUGCAGUGGCAAUCAUCUCAGCUUGCUUUAUGGCUACAAUUACUCAAACAACAUUUUCAAGAUCUUCUAUACAAAUCUGUCUCACAUUCCGAUGUUGAAUGCGAAAUCUCUCUGGAAGAAUCUCCAUUUUGGUCUAGCUUUUCUGAUGCAGUUAAUUUGCAAAUUCCAUGUACGCAACACCUACAGAGACAAGUCAUAUUUCUAUUUUUCAAAUUAUGCUUCGUGUUGAUCCACAUUAGUGGUGAAAAUAGUCAGCAAUGUUCAUGUGCAGAAGAGCCUUCUCUAUUGAAUUAUAAGCUGCCAGUGUGCGGUGAUCAUUGUUGCCAUAUUGGUCUAUUAGAAAUUUCUGAAUGGCUUCAAAGGUGUGGUCACAUAGAGAUGUUUGAUCGUGUAUAUUUAUUAAAAUCAUCUACAUCGUUUGCUUUGUCCUUCCUGCAACUUUAUAUGGAGGAGGAUGAUAUGCUUUUUGACAUGUUAUUACAGCUUUUGGAUGUUCCAUUUAUUGCCUUGCAAGGAGAGAGCGAUGAAAAGGAAUUGUCUCCUGCGGAGACAAUUAGAUGUGCAUUUUCAAGUAUUUUUAAUCCUGUUCACCUUUUCCAUCUGCUGCUUUUAUUGUGUAUUGAAAAAAAAAAAAUGCAGUGCAUCACUGGUUCUACUACCAUCCUCAUGGAAUCUUUACACUAUGACCACUUGGUGCUUGUUGAUUAUCUUAUUUCUAAAGACAUCGGUGUUAAUUGUGUGCAAUAUCUGUUAAGGUGCUUACGAGUAAUUUUUCAAUCUUGGCAAAUCUUUGUUGAUUAUACAAUUCCCAAAAAUUUAAUCAAUGAAUCAUAUCACAAGAGACAAAGGAUCUCUACAGAUGAAGAUAAUUUAAGGGGGGAAGAACAACCAUCAUCAUCAGUUUCUUUUGUGACUGAUGAGUAUAUACCACGAAAGCACAAAUCUCGCAGCCUAAGUAAUAGUGUCAAUCUGCACCCUUUUGGAAAUGCCAAAGAAUGUAUUCUUUCGUUAAAGAAGACUCUGGAAGAUCUUCAUCGCAAGGAUUUGUUUCCUUACAAUCCAAAACCCCUCCUUAGAAGGUUUCAGGCGUUUUGCAAGCAACAGGAGAUAACAUCCAGAAAAUAGAUGCCUGAUACCUUUUUGUGGAGAUUGGCGAAGGUUUGCUUGCUCUUCAUUGGUUAUAAUAGGGGAUGAGUUGCAAGGGCCUUAUUCGUCUAACUUAUCCAAUAACUAUUCUGUAUCACAAUCCUUUAGUACAUGUCCUGAUCAAGCGAGAUAAUGUAUUCAACAUAUAAUUCUGCCACCAGUCCUCUUGGCGGAAUGGACAUUCUCUUGAAGCCAGUAUGCAAUAGCAUAUUUCAUUAUGCAUACUUCCAAGUUGUUUCAGAUGAUGUACAGAUAUUGCUGAAUCAAUAUGACGGUCAAAUAAAGAAGUUUGCAAACUGAUCAUUCUCUUUUAAUGCCUUCAACAUUGGCAGUAUGGCAUGAAUCGUUUCUAAUACAAGUAACAAAAAGCUUGAUGUUUGAUACGCGAGAUUCUAAAUUUGAAGCCUAUUUGUAGAAAAAGAACGUAUGCAUAGCUCUAAAGGUCCCUCCAAAUGUUUCUUUAUUUUGUAAUAAAAUAAUCUCUGAUGACUCCUCUAUUAUUGAUGGAUCAACAUUGCACGUAUGUGAGCUGAUUUUGUUUUUAUUUUUUCCACUUGUUUUAAA